GCAGGCAGCCUCUCUGAUAAGUCAGAGGCAGCAGUUAGCUGCUCUUUAUAAAAGUCACUGAAAACUUUGCACACUUCCUCACUGGGCUAGCUCCUCAGAAAAGAUGAAGCUCGUUUACAAUUUGCUCCAGGCAGCUCUGCUGCUAUUUACAAAUGGCUCUGCAGCGACAGAUGAUAGCACAGACAGCGCCAGAGAAGAAGAACUGAUUGGCGCUUGUCCAAUAAAGCUCAAAAGCAGUGGGGAAUGUGAUGGAGAGGAAUGCCCGUAUCGGAUAACCUUGCCUCCAAUGACCAUCCAGCUGCCCAAGCAGUUUCGACAGAUUGAGAAAACGCUCAAAGAAGUGCACCUUAAGGAAGUUGUGAACAAGAUGAAGAAGUCCUGUGAAGACUGCAAGCUGCAGGCAGAUGAGAAUCUAGAGAAAGACAGCAACGAAUUCCUGCCACCUGGCACAGAGGCUCCAGUCGACAAAAUACAAGAUAACAGAGUAAAAGAAUUGCAGAACAAGGUUUCCAGGCUGUCAGCCAGUCUGAAGAAUGCAAAGAACCAAAUCCAUUCUUUACAGGAUCAGCUGGAGCACAUGAACCUCAUAAACAUGAACAACGUGGAAAGCUAUGUGGACAGCAAAGUAGCCAACCUGACAUUUGCUGUGAACAAUCUGGAUAAUAAAUGCUCUUCAAAUUGCCCAGCCACACAACCAAAACCAGUGAUACAGAUUCUGCAAGGAGACUGUUCCAAUUAUUAUGCAGCAGGCAAACAGCGUAAUGGAAUCUACAAAAUUACUCCCGAUCCAAGACAUGAUAGCUUUGACGUUUACUGUGAGAUGGAAUCUAUGGGAGGUGGCUGGACAGUGUUCCAAAUGCGUCAGGAUGGCAGCACCAGCUUCAACAGAACAUGGAAAGAAUACAAGAAUGGCUUUGGAAACCUGAGUAGAGAAUUCUGGCUAGGGAAUGACAAAAUUCACCUUCUGACCAAAAGCAAGGAGAUGCAGCUGAGGAUUGAACUUGAGGAUUACGGAGUCAAAGAAUAUGCAAAAUAUGAACAAUUUUAUGUGACCAAUGAAUUUCUCAAAUACCGCUUAAGUGUUGGCAGCUACAGUGGUACAGCUGGGAACGCCCUGCAAUUCAGCAAACAUUACAACCAUGACCAAAUGUUCUUCACUACCCCAGAUAGAGACAACGACAGGUAUCCAUGGAACUGUGGAGCAUACUAUAGCUCUGGGUGGUGGUUUGAUGCAUGCUUGGCAGCUAAUCUAAAUGGCAGAUAUUAUCACAAAAAAUACAAAGGUGUUCGCAAUGGAAUUUUCUGGGGCACCUGGCCUACAGCUUCGGAUAAUAGUCUAAAUGGUUACAGGCAACCUUUCAAAAAGGUCAGAAUGAUGAUGAGACCCAAAGUCUUUGUGCCAUGAAUUAGUAACUUCUAAAUAUUGACACUUUUCUCCAGUAUCUGAGUGCAAUUU